AUGACGUCGUCGGAGACGCCGCGUCGCGCGAGCGUGCUCUCCACGGCGUUUAACCUCAUCAACUGCGCCAUCGGCGCCGGGGUCCUCGGCGUUCCCUUCGCCGUGCGAUCCAUGGGAGCCGUCCUCGGGGCGCUCUCGCUGUGCCUCGUCAUGGCGAUCAGCGUGCUCACCCUCAACGUGCUGACGAGGGCGGCGAGGGCGUACGGCGCGAGCUCGUACCAGGAGCUGGUGAGAAAGAGCAUGGGGUGGUUCGCCGCGCACGUGGUGUCCCUGACGCUCAUCGCGUACGUGUUCGGGAGCUGCGUCGCCUACACGAUCGUGUGCGCGGACUCGUUCGGGGAGUUCAACGCGCGAGCCUUUGGAUCCGGCUCGUUCGCCGCGAACAGGUCCGUCAUCGUGCUGUUCACGUCCACGUGCGUCAUGCUGCCGCUGAGCCUGCUGCGGAGCAUGGAACGGAUGGCGUUCGCGUCGUCGUUCAGCGUGCUGGCGCUGCUGUACACCGCCGUCGUCGUCGUAGCCAAGGGCAUCGACGCCGUUAAAGCGCUCUUUUUCGACGUCUUUUUACACAUCGCGACGAUGACGCGUCACCGGUCUGGCGGCGGCGGAGGCCCGGACACGAACGACUUUUUGGCUAAAUCCACCCCGUCGUCAAACAGCUCCGUCGGGUCCACCCCCCACGUUCGGGCGUGGGUGUUGGACAAAGGGACGAUCCUCGCGCUACCCGUCCUCGUCUUCGCGUUUCAAUGCCACGUCCAGGUGGUUUCGAUCUUCGCCGAGUUGAGGGACCCGAGUCGAGCGACGCGGAAGCCGUCGUCGUCGUCGUCCGUUCAGGCGGCGGCGCCGGGAAUCGAACCCGCGACAUCGGCGGCGCCGCACGAGUCCGAAGCGGCGUCGGUGAUGAACGGACCCCGGUGGGGCAAAGACUUUCCUUCUGGGGGGAACGACGAGGUUAGCGAGACUUACGAGUCCGAGGAUGAGGACGAGGGUGACGUUUUCGUGGACGCGACGUCGCAGUCGGCGUCGGGGCUGAGCAGCCUCGCGUCGUCGCGCGGGGGCUCCCCGGCUCCCCUCGGGACGACCUGGGGUGCCGAGGGUGGUGCCGAGGGUGCCGACGCGGGGACGCACGCGCGGCGCCGGUCCUCCGGAGCGUCGGGGUCGACGCUCUCGAUGAUCUUGUCGCCGUCGCCCGCGCGUCGACCGAACCGCAGGCGCAGACUCUUCUCCGGGGGUGCCGAGGGUGCCGAGGGUGCCGACGUUACCCGCGCCGCGAACGACGGGGCUCGAACCCGCGAAGGCGAAGCCGAGCGCGCCGAGCUCGACCGCGUCGUCACCAUGGAGCGCGUCUCGUUCUGGUCCAUGUUGGCGUGCCUGACGGGGUACCUCGCGGUUGGCGUUUUCGCGUACGCGGAGCACCCGGAUGUGCCCUCGAACCUUCUGGACGCCUACCCGGCGGACGACCUACCGAUGCUCGCCGCGAGUUUAUUCAUGGGGUUGAGCUGCGUCGCGAGCUACCCGAUCAACCACUUCGCGUCUCGCGCGGCUCUCGACGAUCUCUACGUCGCGGGGGUUUGUGCUUGGAAAAGAUGUUUCGCGAAAACGGCCGGUGACGACGAUUCGGGCGUUACUUUGGGCCCGACGCCGGCGCCGCCCGGUCAGGCGCCGGUCGGGAGGCACUGCACGCAGACGGUCGCGUUCGUCGCGUCCACCACGGCGCUCGCGCUCGCCGUGGACGACCUCGGAGUGGUGUUUCAGGUGAUCGGCGCCACCGCCGGCGCCGUCGUGAUUUUCAUCUUGCCCGGGAUCCUCCUUCUCCUUCCCGGGUAUCACGGCGCCGGGUGUGGGGGUGCCGUCGGGGGUGCCGUCUGGGGUGCCGUCGGCGAGCCGGACGAGGAGUCGGGAGACGUCGGGUUAGAACGAACCCGGGAGGACGGUGGAACGCACGCGAGGGCCGCGAGCAGGCACUGGACCGAGAUGGGCGACUCGAUCGGAGGGUACGACGAGCUCACCUUCUCCGGACACCUUCUCGACGCGCCUCUUCUGAAUGCGGGGGACGGACCGGGACCGAACGGCGGCGUGGAAGGCACCCGGGGUGGGGCGGCGAGCCGGACGGUGCCCAGAGGGGCGGCGGCGUUGGGCGCGGCGCUGGUGUGCACGGGCGCGCUCAUCGCGGCAACGAGCGUUCACCUGAUUUUCUUCGCCGACGACGUCGGCGCGCCUGGCUCGGGGUUCGUUUAAACCCUUAGCUCGGGGGUUAAGAACACGUGGGCCGCGCGUGGCGAUGGCGUCAUGGAACUACUUCCGCGCGCGUCCGUGCGUCGUACACUUACUGUUACUGUUACAUACAGGGUCGUAUUAUCGU